AUGAUGUCCAACUACGAAGAUGAGGAUUACUUCCUCCCGCUGGAAGACCAGCGAGUCUUUGGCGCGGGGAUUUCCAAGAAACGCGUCCCAUUUGUGCGCUCUUCGGACCAUGAGCUCUCGACCCUCACUUCCUCCGCACCAAGCACACCGUCCGGCACGGGGGACAGUAUAGCGAAUAAAUACCUUUCGAUUGUUAUGCCCAAGUCCUCAGGCGCCUCCACCCCAGCGCCUUCAACUACAGCAUCAGAUUCAAUACCUCCAUCUUCAACACUACCCACCCACCCUACUAACACCACCGACCGCAGCCACUCCGCCCCUCCAUCGCCAACGACAACAAGUACAACAACCUGCGAAAUCUGCAAUCUCCCCCUUCCAACCUCUGAAACCGAACUCCAGUCCUACAAGAAACAUGAAUCUUCACUUGCGCACCAAGUCUGCCUCACACACUCGCACCCACCAUCGCACCUCGACCGCACGCGGCACGGACUGCGCUACCUCGAGUCAUACGGCUGGGAUCCUGAUAGCCGGCUAGGUCUUGGAGCUACGGGGGAAGGAAUUCGAGAACCUAUAAAAGGGAAGUUGAAGGCUGAUACUGUGGGGUUGGGAGCUGUUUUGCCUUCGCCGGCUGUGGAGAAGAAGAAGAAGGAGAAGGUCCAAAAGCUGAAUGCGAAGCAGGUGAGGAAGGGGCAUGUGGAGGCGAGGAAGAGGGGGGAGCAUUUGAGAGAGAUGUUUUAUCGGGAUGAGGAGGUGUUGAAGUAUCUCGGGGGCGGGUGA